GGUCAUCGCUAUGUCAGAGCCUUGGGUCCCUACAAUAAACGAUCUACGGGUCAAGCUUUGUUAUAUAUGUCGGGAGGAGGAAACAUAUGACAAGCCGGAAGAUCCUCCGCGGGUGUGGACUCACCCAUGCAAUUGCACUCUCGUGGCCCAUGAAUCGUGUCUAUUGCAUUGGAUCAAGGCCGCACAGCAGAAUCCGGACCGGGCGGCCAACGCGCUGAAGUGCCCGCAGUGCGGUGCCCACUACGAGCUGGACAGCUAUAACCCUCGUCCUCUCAGGCUGUUGGAUGCCAUCAACCGGGGCUUGUCGCGUGUAGGGAAGAUAGUGACCAUCACUUGUGUGGGGAUCACCACACUAUCCUUUGGCGGAGCACUUUAUGUCGUCUUCACUAGCUACGGUGUCUAUGCUGUUCGAUGCUUUUUAGGCAAGGACAUGUUCGAUGCAUUGUUGACCGAUGAGCCCUCCAACUGGCCAUGGCAUGCUUUCAUCAACCUCCCGCUGAUCCCUAUAAGUCUCAUCGCUUCCCGCACCCCUAUUGCUUCUGCCAUCUCACCACUCAUCCCACUCCUCUUCGCAUGGCCCCCGACUGCCCCUCAGGCUGGUCUUGCUGGUUCAUGGCCCUGGCGCGGUCCAGAUAGCUGGCUGUCGAGCACAGUCUUCCCCAACUCCCCAGCGCGAUAUUGGCCUCCCUCACCUACGCUCGUCUGCGCGCUGUUCCCAUUUGUAAAAUCUAUCUAUAAUCUUGGUCUCAGAAGGCUGACACGAUUGGUUGUCAACUCGCGCGAGUCGCCGCAGGGGCCGUUGAGGCGAGUGGAAUGGGCGCUCAACGACGAAGGUGGAGCUGCAGGCUUCUUGCGCAUACGGAUUCAUCAACAUGAUGAUGGCCCGCCAGCAAACCAAGACAAUGCAGCAGGAGCGCCUCCACCACUGAGAGCGGCUGGGGAGAAUCCGGACCACGCCGAAGUGGACGAGAAUGCUGUGGACGAGAACGACGCCGGCGUGGCCGCGGAGCGCACGAUUCGGCUCACUGGGGGAUCCAUAGGGCGCGCGAUUGGCGGGGCACUCAUACUCCCGCGUGUCUCAGGUUGGAUGGGCUCGCUGCUUCUCCGACUAUCUGCAUAUUUUCCAAUUUUGUCCAAGAUAUUGGCUGCCAGGCCCCUGCUUAGCAAGACGCUCCCUAUAUGGUCCCCGUCGUUGCCGCGAGCGUACCCAUGGCAUAGUGGCGAUAAACUUCAUGAAAUAAAGCUCAUGUUCAAGACAUUGUGGCAAGGAAGUAGGGUCUGGACAGAGAGCGAUCCAGUGUGGUGGCGAAAUUUGCUCGGCCUCGGUAUCUUCGUCGUGGCAAAGGACGCGAUCAAGUUACUCCACCUCUGGUACGCUAAACAGGAGGUUGAAAGUAGAAGGGUGAAGAAUCGGUCGUUCGAGGGAGUCGAUAUCAAGAAUCUGGAUCUCAUUAACCCAUCACGCCGAUGAGAACCACUCAUCUAUGCCCCCUGUGCGUUAUGGCCCAUACAUACUCUCACCUCAUUUACACCAGGAUAAUUUUGCUGUGCAUAUCAUCGAAACCCAUGAUCGGUGUCACAGAGUUGUCGAGCUGUUAAGACAACAUUUCUAGCCGGAAAGUAGGGAUACAAUGAGACGACAGAAUGAGGUUUAGUCUACUUCUAAUACAGUCCCGCGCUGCACACUUCCCCAACCAACAAGCCGCCAAUGUUUUUCAAUACGACGCGACAAAGCAACUUUCUCUCCCACCUCCGUACAUGCAGGCGAAGUCAACUGGAUCUUCGCCAGGUCAGCCUUCACACUGAGGACACGACCACCAAUAGACGUGGAGCCGAUGUUGAUCAAGAGCAGCUCGUUCUUGACGAGCUUCGUAACCUUGGUUUGUUUCUUGUCCUCUGUCUUGACACCGAGCAGCCGACGCAGCAGGAACAAAUUAAUUUCCAGCUCAGUGAAAAUCUGUGGCAACUUUCCAACAGCGCCUAACACCUGCCCCACUAGCCGAUCCGCACGACAGAGCGUGGGAUCAAUCUUCGUACCAACACCGAUCAAUCCUCCGGGGACCGCGAAGUCUAAGUGGUUGCUCUCUGCGUGCAACGAGACAAUGCGACUGAAGAUGGGCUUGCACCGAUUGCGACCGGCGCUGUCUUUCGUCACGAUCCCCGGGCGGAUCUCGACUUCCAGACCCAGAUAGAGAACCCCAGUAAGAAUGGAUCCACCAGCGACACCGCCCUUUAGGUCCUUGACUUCGGCACCUGGUUUGUUCACGUCGAAGGAACGGAUGACGAU